AGGAAACGAUGGAGGAUUCGCCAGCUGCUUUCAGUUCACGGAAAAAGAGCCAAGGAAAGGCUGGCUCAUCACUCCUACAGCGACCUGCUGUCUUAUAACUACCUUGUAGGAGGUAGUGGUGCAACACAACGCCUCCAUAUGUAGUCGCUUGUUCGAGGAACUCGGCCUUGUCAAAGACAUAAAUAACACUUUAACCCCACUGUUGGGAGGGUUCCAUACUAUCAUUUCCUCUAUGUCACGAUUGGUCUUCUCUUUAAACUGUGCCUGAACUUGGUGAUACUUGGUUGAGCUCUCUUUCGCCUCUUGCGAUUCUUGGUUUUUUUUCCUUUCCCCCCCCCCAACAACCGACUGGCCUGAGAAGGCUGGAAUCAAAGAAGAACAAACUAUCUAGGCAAAUAGUAACAGACCUCUCCAUCUGGAAGGGGCGGAGCUGUCAGGGAUGUCGAUCACAGGGGUCUUCUUUAUUCCUUCAAACCCCAAUGCUGCCACGGCUUUUGCAACAGUGAACGAACGUCUCCGCUCCUCUUUUGCAGAUGAGCCGGUUCCAGUCGGUCGUUGGGCUCUGGAACACAAGCUGAUGCGGGAUACUCCGUCUUGCCUGCCUGCCUCAGCAAACCCAUCACAGAAACCGUUGCAGCCGCGGUACAUGCAGUUUCUUUCGCUCUCUCAUUAUCCAGACCAUGGGUUCGUCUACACAUCUGAAUCGACAGAGGAGCACCACCGAGCCAGCAAGGCUCCUAGCGCCGCCCUGGGCCUCCAAUCAGACAAAUCCUCGAUGAUCAUGUCCACUGUCCCACUUGCAUCCUACAACACGCUAUUUGGUCAUUUCGCCUUCGCGUGCCAGCCGUUUUGGUGUCAUCGCCACACUGUCACCAUCCUAGGUGGGAUAGUUUACGAAAUCGGGGAUUUUCGAGUCCGCCUCGGGGAUGUCCGGCAAACCCAGCCCGCAGUCCGGGUUCGAGGCACAGUAGUUGAGAUCGAGUGGAGAGGACCGUCGCUUAUCGCCUCAAUUCCGUCAAGGACAGCCCUCACCAAUGUCAAUACCGAGACGGAUUCGGACUCGGGCAUCAACGUGACCCCACCCUUUGCGGUCGAGGAGGCAGACAUAGACGCUGAAUACGCCGCCGCGGCAACCCUGAUCCGCGAGUUCUGGGCUAAACUUGAUAUCAAAGGGGCACGGGAAGCCAUCCUUGUUCCCGAUGUCGGGAAGGAGAUCAAACAACGUCUCCGCCAGUGGAAACGGAAGGGCUCAAAACGCUCGCGGGAGCCCCAGAGCGCUGUGGAUGAUCCGCAGGAUGAAGACCCAGAUGUAGACGCAGGGGUUGAUCUGGCGAGGCAGUUGAUGGAGAUCCUCAGAUUCAAUAGGUGAUCCCAGGUGUAAAUAUAUGCUGUCUAUCAAAUUCAGCCUGAUUGAGGCUCAAAAGAGGAUCAUUUACCAGUACCUCGUUAUAGGCAACCGUAUCGCAAG